CUCCUGGGAAAUCUUUACCGGACGAAAGCUUCCACUUUGGACAUCACCGGAUAGGGUAUGCAAGGUUUUCUCCAGGGACGCAAAGAAAUCAUCUCUCCAUUAUAAAUAGUCAGAUUGGCAAGAGCCAUGGCACCAUAUGAAAAGAAUGAUUUGGUUGAAGAAUUUUUUAUGGAGGCUGACAAGAAAGAUGACAACAUGUCACAGAACAGGCCGUCCAUGAACCAACUGAACUUACUUGUCAAAGAUAUUGUCUCACAAACUUCUUGGUGGGACCUCUAUGGCAUUGACUUAACAAUGAUGUUCGCAAAUUUUGCAUUUCUUCCUGUUAGUCUUUUGCUUCUUGGAUCUGGCAGCAUACCUUUGUUUGCCACUGGCUAUCUUCUGUUCUCAUACAUCCAUGCCACAUUUACAGUGAAGCUGGCCCAUGCAGCUAUACACAAUGCCUUGGCAGGCUCAUCCCAUUUCUUCAACCGCCUCCUUGCUGUCUUUUUCAUUGAGAUCUGGGGAGGUUUUACAGAACAAGGCAGCUUUGAAGCUCAUAUUCAGUUACAUCACCCUUACACAAAUGUGAUUGGUUUGGGUGAUUCUAGUUCAUGGCGGGCACCAUUCUUGGGCCGUUUUACAUACCUAUUCAUUGCUCCACUGUCCAUGCCACUCUUCAACACAGCAAUAGGCAUAACCUUGCUUGCUGGACGCUGGUACUCAAUUGCAAGGUUUCUCUGCACUGCAACAGCUGGCUACAUUAUGCACUUCUGCUUGUUCCAGUAUGUGGCUGGAUUGUCCCUCUUUGGUACCAUCCUUUGCAUGAUCACCACUCGUUCAGUAUUUGCCAUUCCAUACAUCCAUGUAAAUAUUUUCCAGCACAUUGGCUUGCCCAUGUAUGAUGUAAAGAAACGCCCAAGACGCCUCUACCAAUUAGCCUCCGCAGCCCUCAAUCUUCCCAGAAAUCCACUUCUGGAUUACUCCUUUGGCCAUUCCAUCAUCAGCUGCCAUGUGGAACACCAUUUAUUUCCACGUCUGUCUGAUAACAUGUGCCUGAAGAUCAAACCUGUUGUGUCCAGCUACCUUAAGAAUAAUGGCUUUCCAUACAAUGAAGCCACUUAUAUGAAUCAACUGUUCAAAUUUUACAAAGAAUAUGAUGAGCUAAUGGUGAAAGCUCCACCAAUUACAGAACUGAUUGGCAUACAGUAAAAAUCUCCCUAAUGGAGCACUAAACUAUUUAAAGGAGAAUCUAAAUUAAUCAGAAGUAGACAGGUUUUAUUACAAUACUGUACAAUUCGGUAGUUUUGAAGGCCCGGAAGGCCUUCUAUUUCCAGGGAGCUCCCAACUCCCCACUGAAAUUUUGAAAUUCUAGACUCCUUUUUGCAGUUAGCUUUUUCCUGCAUUUUGAGGGUUUUUUCCCCAAUUGAAAAUAAUUUAAAGUAUUUGUUUUACCAUUACUCAAAUGCAUCUUUAGUCUUCAACCAAAUAUCAAUGAAAUGAUUUAUCAUUGUUAAUUAUUAACUAAAAUAAUCAAGUUUCAUGGGAAGUUUGAAUAGCACUAUACCUUAUCAACUUUCUUAACCAGGAUCAUUACUUUUAGAACUUUUCUUUCAGUAAUUGUUAACUGUAAUAACAGUACUAUAGAUACAAACUGAGGUGCAUUGAGUAACUUCUAAUGAUUAUUCAUAGCCCAGAGUGUAUCCCUAGAUGGAGGAUCUCGAUACAUUUCCUGCAAAAUACAGUGUAAUUAAGAAGGCCGAGCUCCAUCAGAGUCUGACUGCUAAAGGCUACAGGAAACUAACUUUUAUCUUAUGGUGACUUGUUUAACUUUGCUUUUAUGAAAGUUUUUAAAAGCUGAGCACCCUAACUUUUUGAGACAAGAGCCUUAUUGGAAGCAAGGGAGCUUAUAGUUGUGGCAUUAAGUACUGAACUUUAUGUAUAUUUCUACUAUUGUAAUAAUUAUUUAUAAAUCACCGGCAAACAACUAGGGCAACUAGUUGUACUGUUUUUAAGAUUUCUACAUGGUGAUUUUUUUUUAUCAUUUUCAAUUAAUGUUAAUUAUUGAUCAGAUACAGAGUUCAAAAUAUGCAAAUUUUCCAAGAUACCAGUAAAGGUUUUUGUGAUUCUUAGGACACAUUGAAUUGACAUCCAAAUGUUUGUUUGAAAAUUCAGUUUUUUAAAGGAAGUCUCCUUUUUUUUCUUUUGCAAAUUAAACAUUCAGGGGUGGUAAAUGUUUUAGCGACAAAGUUAAUAUUUGUGUACUAUUUUUGUGUUUUAGAUGAAAUUGUAAUAAUUUAAAAAAUGGAAUCCUUUUCUGGGCAUAAAAAAAAAAAUAAAGAUUGUGGAUAGAAAUCAUGUUGUAUUUGAAUUAAAUCCUUUCUCUUGUGUAAAAAAAAAACUAGUUAUUAAGAGCAAUCUUCUUUUAAGAGCUGAGAGUGAUCUAGGAUUGCAAACUUAACCCUCUAACUCCCAUGGGUGACCAAGACAGAUUUUCUCCUUACAUUAUUCUUACAACAUCAAGCAGAAAAGUGAUGAGAAUAAAUAAAAUAUCAAUUAGAGGAUUAUUAGUUGAUCCAAUACCAAAUUCUCCAAUUUGCUAAACAAGAACUGUAGAGCAGACAGUAAGGAGAGUUACUAAAUGGAUCUUGGGAGUGACAGAUUGAAGAUUUUGCUCCAAUAAGCUUUAUGAUUGGUCACAAAACCUGUUCCACCCUCUAAACCAGUCAGGUGGUAGACAUGGAGGCUAAUGGCAAGUGUGGUUUGAGACCCUCCUGAGUCACUGCCUUGUGUUCUUGGUUAAAACACUCUACUCAAACAGUGCCCCUUUCCACAGGAGUAUAAAUGGCCACCACCAAAUUGUCAUCAGGGAAGCCUGAUGAAACCUUUCAGUGGAAAGGCAUCUCUUCCCAAGAGGAGUAGUAAACUCCUAGUUGCAUGCUAUCGAAACUUGGAUCGAGUACAGAACUGAGACCUAACCUCAACAGAUGAAAAACUAAAUGUAGUCCUGAACUAAUUACCCAAACACAUGAUUUCCCACAUGUAAAGUUGAUUACAUGUUUUUACACUUCCAAUUUCUCU